AAAUCACAUCAUCUUUCAUGUACACACUUUUCGCUGUCCAGAUCUUCUUUGGUGCAGCUUUGAAUUCCGUUUCUCUUAAUUUCCUCGCCAUAUCAUUCCUCAACGAUCUUACUCAAGGCAACUGACGCCGAAGCAAGCGCGCGACGGCGGGAUGGACGACUGGAUUCAGUCGACCGAGCCAGCUCGCAAAAUCACCGGCGACGACAAUAACAUCGAACUGGCCCAAUACCUUUCAGCCCAAAAUAAUGUAUCAAAAACCAUCUCCGGCAUAGAGCCAAAUACUGAAUCGCCGCUCCACGCCAAUCCCAACAACGUCAGCACCGUCGACCCUGCAGGCGACCAUGACCUCCCCCCUUCUUCUACAAGUCCUCCAGCUCCCAUCCCAAUAGGAAUCUCGCGCUCCCUAACUCUCCGCCUCUACACCUCCCACUUCCUGUCCACCUGGAACUCCCGCCUCUUCGAAGCCGGCGUCGUCUACUUCCUCGCUUCCGUCUUCCCCGACAACCUCCUCCCCGUCUCCCUCUAUGCCCUCUCGCGCAACCUUGCCGCCAUCCUCUUCGCUGUGCCGGUAGGCCACUGGAUCGACACUGCCCACCGGCUAAUCGUCGUCCGCGCUUCCAUUGUGGGGCAACGCCUCGCUGUUGCUGCUUCAUGCGGUCUUUUCUGGGCGUUACUGGAGUUACGGCUGGGAUGGAGGCAGUCGCCGCUGGUGGAUGGCUUGUUUGGAGCGAGUGUGUUGCUGGCGUGCGUGGAGAAGCUGGCGGCGGGCGUGAAUCUUAUUGCGGUGGAGAGGGAUUGGGUGGUGGUGAUUACGCAGGGCAACGAAGAUGCGAGAAGGAAGAUGAAUGCGCGCAUGCGGAGGAUUGAUUUGUUUUGCAAGUUGCUCGGGCCGUUGACGGUUGCGUUGGUUGCUGCGGCGUCGGUGAGGGCGGCUGUGUAUGCGACGCUGGGGAUGAAUCUGGCGUCGGUGAUGGUGGAGUAUCUUUGCAUCGAGACGGUGUUUCGGAGGGUCCCGGGGCUCGGUCGUCCUGCUCCUCCCGGUGAAUCAGUCGGUCAGUCGUUGGAGCCGCUUUCGGGGGCUGUCUUGAGGGAGGACGGUGGUGCUCCUACUGGCGGCAGUACCCAUCGACAGCUCGGGGAUUGGAUACGGAGCAUAUCAUGGCGCAAGCUGCUCAUGAUUCCCUCCUUGCGCCUGUACUUUGGCCAUCCAGCGGUUAUCCCCUCGCUUGCGCUUUCGCUACUGUACCUCACCGUACUCUCCUUUUCAGGCCAGAUGCUGACGUACCUACUCGCCUCCAACCUUAACCUAUGGCAAGUGGGCAUCAUCCGUGGCAUCUCGACAAUCUUCGAGCUCAGCGCCACUUGGAUCGCGCCCCGUCUAAUGAAGCGCAUCGGUGUCCUCCGUACGGGCUUGUGGUCCAUCACCUGGCAGAUGACCUGGCUAGCCGGCGGCGUCUCUUGCUUCUUUUACUACUACGGGAAGGGCUAUGAGGCAACUAGCCUUAUGACCGCUGUUGGUCUCGUUGUUGCCGUGGCUUUCAGUCGUGUCGGUCUUUGGGGGUUUGACCUCUCGGUGCAAAACAUUGUGCAAGAUGAAGUGGAAAACGAUCGCAGAGGCAUCUUCUCCUCAGUGGAAGCCUCGUUCCAGAACAUGUUCGACAUGUUAGCGUGGGCCCUUACUAUCAUCUGGCCAAACCCCAAUUCUUUCCAGUGGCCAAUUGUCAUCAGCGUCGCGACAGUCUACGCGGCUGGCGGACUCUUCGCCCACUUUCUACGCCGUCGUAGAGGCCAUCUUUUGCAUCCCCCUGCAUGUAUCAAAACCAAGCGUCGGAGGAGCAACUCGCAUCUAUUCGGGUUGGGAUGGGCUCGUCGUUCAAGGCGCAAUGCCAGCGAUUCCAUUAUUCUAUGACCACCUGUGGUCGGUUGGACUGUUGAUUGCCUAUUUCUCUUGGAAGUCUAACGCUGACAUAUGGCAAGAGACCGCAAAGCCAUGACCGCAACGUUAGAAUAUUCUGUACCUGACCAAGCCAGCCAAGCUCAUACAGCCUUGAAGUGCGUUUAUGAUUCCGCUUUCCAAUCCAAUAUCGUUGCCAGCCUUCUCUGACAUCCCGACAGUCAUAUAUGCAUACAGGAUGGCUGAAACCUUGCGGUUAAACAGUCAGAGUCGCCGCGUUUUCGUGGUGGUCGAAGCCUUACGUUUCGACUUGAAAGCUGGCCUAUGAACUACGUCCUUGAUCGUC